AUGAUCCAACCACUUUUAUUACUAACAGCAGCCGUAAUUUCAAGCAUCAGAUUUGGUUCUUGUGAGAUCAAGGAUGUGCACAUUGUUGAAGACUCGAGGCCUAUAAUCUUGUUCGAGAAAUUUGGAUUUGCUCCGGAUGGGCACGUUGACAUUUGCAUAAAACGUGUUUCUUGGAAAUCAAAACAUCAAAAUGCGAAACUUGAUCUUUCUUCCAUGGGAUUCUUUCUUGUUAGAGAUGUAUCCUACCCCCAAAUCCUGAACGAGUCUUCUUACACAGAUGGCUUCUGUGUCCUGUCAAGCAUGUAUGUGCAGAAUCUGUUCGGGUUUGACAAGCUUGCCCCUGAUUCGACAUUUAAUACCUCUGCAGUAAUUGACCAACCUGAUGAAUAUAAUCUAGUUUUUGGGAAUUGUCAGACAGAAUUUCAUGUGAGUAUGAAUGUUCACACCGAAAUGUAUAAUAUCCAUGACGAGGAGAAGGAUUUUCUCCCAGCAGGUCAAACUUCAUUGCCAAAAUUGUAUUUCUUCUUCUUUCUGGUCUACGUUGCAAUUUUGGCUGUAUGGGGUUUUAUUUGCAUUAAACAAAGGCUUACCGUCCACAAGAUCCAUCUGAUCAUGGCUGCAUUACUUCUUUUCAAGGCACUUAAGAUGAUUUGUGCCUCUGAGGACAAAAUGUACAUAAGAAAGACCGGUACUCCUCAUGGAUGGGAUGUGGCUUUCUACAUUUUCGGAUUCUUGAAAGGUGUCACUCUUUUCACCGUUAUCGUUCUCGUAGGAACAGGUUGGUCAUUCUUGAAGCCAUACUUGCAAGAACGCGAGAAGAUUAUCUUGAUGUUUGUAAUCCCAUUGCAAGUUUUAGAGAACAUAGCUUCAGUGGUCAUCAGUGAAACAGGUCCCGUGAAAAAGGACUGGUUUGCAUGGACUGAAAUGUUCUUGUUGAUAGAUGUCGUGUGUUGCUGCACCAUUUUGUUCCCUAUCUUCUGGUCUAUCAGAAGCCUAAAAGAGGCCUCGAAGACUGAUGGAAAGGCAGCUAAGAACCUUGAAAAGUUAACACUUUUCAAGCAAUUCUACACUGUUGUCAUUGCUUAUCUGUACUUCACAAGAGUUGUGGUUUCAGCAAUUGGGGCUAAUAUCAAUUACAGGUACGACUGGGUGCCGGUAGCUGCAGCUGAAGGAGCAAGCUUGGUGUUCUAUUUGUUUACCUUUUAUCAUUUUCAACCAGUAGAAAGAAAUCCAUACUUGGUCAUCGAGGAUGUUGAGGAUACCACAAGAAAUCAAACAUUAGAAAUAGAGGAUCCCAUGGAAUCCUAA